AGUUCAGAGAGUUUUGGAGGUUAUUUCAUUUUUAGAACGAAUGCCACCAUCAACUCCAGUGCAUCCUUGUUUGACAUGUCUGAUACUACGGCAUCAUGUUCCUAUAUGCUCAAAAGCAGAAAACGAGUGAUUGACUCCGACUCCCAAUGAAUUUCUUAUGCCAAAUAUCAUGACAUUUGCAUGUACCUGUCUAUCCCGCGUUCUUUUGGAGCUGUCGCAUUUACAAUUAUGCCGCUUAUUUUGACAAUCGACAGAAUAAUUGCCACGUGUACACCUAUUCAAUACAAGAAUUUGAAACAUUGUGAAGUGUAUUAUAUUGGAUUUCUACUCGUCUUUCCAGUUAUCUACGCUCUUUGGAUUCUUGGCUUUGCUAUCCUACAACAAGAUACUGAAAACUCUUCAAACAUUUGUGUUCUUUCAAACUGUUUUGGCGACGCGUACUACUUGUACAAAGUUUCAACGUUCUCAUUUGCAAUUAUCUUAUUCCCACUGCAAUAUUUCGUGAAUUAUCGGAUGAAGGCUAUGGAAUACGAUUCCACAAACAUUUCAAUUGUGCAAGCAUUAAUCAAAAUCACUGUAAUGUACUACUUUGGUGCGUUUCUGUCGUAUUCAGUGAUGUUCAUGGGUAACAUUUACUUCAAAAGCACGUUGGAAAGCAUUCAAAUUGUAAAGCUAACAGCUGGAAUUAUCAGCUUUUCAACUCAAAGCUUCACCCUCCCUUUAUUUUGCUAUACUGUGUAA